AUGCCUCGCUACAACUGGUGGUAUUCUCCGCUUGUCCUGGGCGUGAUAUAUAGCGCCUUGGUGCCGAGCCUGGUCACCGCAGACUCCCUGCACAACGUUCAUCUGGACUUUCUGGACAGUAGCUUUGAAGGUCAUAUCAAUCUGUUCUACGGGGACUGCCAUACCGGCCAGGGGCAUCAUGAGAUCGGCCACAUUGUCAUCGAGCGUGACGCUCAUCCAGAGCGCUUCGUCUGGAUCACACCCGCCGAUGCGCCUCAUCUGCACUGCCUCCACGCCAUUUCUGGAUCGACUCUGCUCGCUCGUUCCGAUUCCAUUCCAAUUGCCACCCGCUUGGCUCGUCGGGAAAGCAUCGCCGACGUGGCUGAUGUGAUGGGCCCCUGGUUUGACGGCGUCGCGUACAUGCAAGGCAAGGAACCCGGAAAGGCUGUGGUGUCGGCAGCAAAGAACUCUUCCGUGGCUAUUAUCGGCGGUGGCAUCUCCGGAAUGAUGACAAGUCUGCUGCUCAACUCUGUCGGCAUGACCAAUUGGCACAUUGUGGAGUCAUCCCAUCGACUAGGUGGCCGCAUUCGCACUCACUAUCUGAACGAUUCGCGGCCCGAUCAGUACCAAUACCAGGAGUUGGGGGCUAUGCGCCUUCCCAUGAACAUCACCUACGCCGAUACCAACGAGACACUCCAGAUCCAGGACAUGCGACUAGUCCUUCAGUUGGCCGAUGUCCUCAAUGAGCUCAACGCCGACGCUGAUCCAGCGCUGCGAGUCAACUUCAUUCCUUUCAUCCAGGAUAAUCCGAAUCUUCCGACUGACACGGGAGGUGUUCGUCUGCCAGACGGCCGAAUCCCUACUGCAGCCCAGGUUGCCGCCAACUCGUCGCUGGCAUACACGGCGCCUCCCGACAACGCCAGUGCCGUUGCGGACGCCAAAGCUCAGUACAUGCAGUACGCCCAGACAGACAAGAUGGGUAAGAUCCGGGAGGUUGCUCGCAACAUGUACCGCGCACACAAAGCGGCUCUGGAAGACGGGUUCUACCACUGGUCGGAAGCCGCAUAUAUGCGGUACGCGCUGGGGGAGAACGCAGAUGUCGUCGACUACGCCGCUGGCACGGCCAACAAUCCCAUUUGGGAUGGAUUCUACGAUAGUGUCUACUUUGCGGCCACCACCUGGUUUACCAUCGACCAGGGGAUGGAGUCUCUGGUGCGAGCAUUCCUACCGCACGUCGCAGACAAAGCCACCCUCGGGCGGAAAGUGGACGGGCUCUCGUACAACGAGAGCUCGGGCAAGAUUGCCUACACCUGGCGCGAAUCUCCGGUCCAGAUCACCCCUGAGCGCAGCGAAGAAUAUGACUAUGCUGUCGUGGCCGCGCCUUUCACCAAGGUGCGCAUGUGGGAAUUGCCGCGAUAUUCGUCGAUCCUGAGCCGGGCCAUUUCCGAGACAAACUAUGAACCCGCCUGCAAGCUCGCCCUGCUGUAUAAAACCCGCUUCUGGGAGCACCAAGAACAGCCCAUCUUCGGGGGCUGCGGCACUGUGGACAUUCCGGGGGUGCAAUAUGUAUGCUAUCCAUCGUUCAAUCUGAAUGGUACCGGCCCGGCGGCGGUUCUUGGGGCAUAUUCCCAUGGAAGCCCGGCGCGGAGUGUACAGGCGUUGAAACUCGAGGAUUGGGUCGCAUUGGCACGGCGCAGCAUGGUGGAGAUUCACGGGGCGAUUGCAGAGGAACAAUUCACAGGUAUCUCCCAUGGUCACUGCUGGGAGAAUGAUGAACACCAAAACGGCGCCUGGACACACCCCCUUGUUGGGCAGCAAGAGAUUUUCCUGCCCGCCUACUACCAAACCGAGUUCCAGACCAUUUUCGUUGGCGAGCAUACCACGUAUACCCAUGGCUGGAUCGCCGCGGCUCUAGACUCCGCCGUGCGCGGGACUACCCAACUCUUGCUGGACCUGGGGCUGGUGGAUGAGGCCAAGGCGAUUGUGCAUGAGUGGAUGGGUCGAUGGAUUGAAUUGUAA